AUGGACUCGUUUGAAUCAGGUACAGGAAUAGUUAAGCCUCGCAAUCAUUCUGAGCCAUUGAGGUUUUACGAUUUUGUGAUAAAUUUGUUGGAGCCAUUGCAAAAGAUAGGAAAAACUAGAAAGUCGAAAAGCUCGGGAAUCGACCCCUAUGAACAGAAACGAAAGAUCAUUUCUAGUUAUUUCACCAAAUGGCGACAACAAGUAGGACAAGAUUUAUAUCCUUUAUUACGUCUAAUGUUGCCUGAUCUGGACAGAGAAAGAGGUUCGUUUGGGUUCAAAGAAUUUGGUUUGGGAAAACUAUUCAUCAGGGCUAUGCACCUAAGCUCAAAUUCAGAAGAUGCCAAAGCGCUUCGAAACUGGCGAAGUUCUGGUUCCCGGCAUGUUGGGAAUUUUACUGCGAUGCUCCAAGAUGUGUUGGAAAGACGGGCUUAUCGAACCUUUCCUAGCUCAUUCACAAUUGGUGAUAUCAAUAAUUUAUUAGACCAUUUGGCAGAAGCUACUUCUGAAGAAGAAAGGGGUUCCGUUCUAGAAAAAUUCUACAACUCUUUAAGCCCGCUUGAAAUGCGUUGGCUAAUUACUAUAUUACUUAAAAUCAGAAAGUAUGGAACCUCAGAAAAGUUUAUAUUGAGUGUUUUUCAUCCAGACGCAGCUCGCUUAUAUCGUCUCUGCAGUUCUUUAAAACGCAUUGCUUGGGAACUUUAUGAUCCCACUAAAAGUCUAAGUGAAUUGGACACAGAUGUUGAAGUGUUUAGUUGUUUUCAGCCACAAUUGGCCAAUUUCAAAAAAAAUACUCUUGAUUUUGUCGUGGAUGCCAUGCACGAUGAACCCUUUUGGAUUGAAGAAAAGAUGGAUGGAGAACGCAUACAAUUACAUAUGAGUUCGGGAAAGUUUCAGUUUUAUAGUCGAAAUGCCAGGACGUAUACAGAUGUUUACGGCAACUCAUACCAUGAUGAAAACUCAAAGCUUACGCAGUAUAUUAUUGGAGCUUUUGAUGAACGGGUCUCUCAAGUUAUCUUGGAUGGUGAGAUGGUCACUUGGGAUCCAAUUUUAGAGACCAUAAUUCCUUAUGGUAGCUUGAGGAGUACGUUUGAUUCUUCGUCAACUCAUCCCACAUACUAUCCUUAUUAUAUUGUGUUUGACAUACUUUUUCUUAAUGGAAAGUCAUUAAUUAGGCACUCGCUCGAGGCAAGGUAUAGGAUUCUCAAAAAAGUGAUUGUUCGCGAGUCCCGAAGAAUGUGCGUUCUUUCUCAUAAAAUUGGAAAAACUGUUGGCGAUAUAGAUAAAGAGUUACGGCAAACGAUACUUGAGGGAUCAGAGGGUUUGGUAAUAAAGAAACCUUCUGGGACUUAUCGAUUAGGAGAACGAAUGGAUGAUUGGAUAAAGGUCAAGCCGUACUACUUGGAAGGAUUCGGAGAGGAUUUGGAUUGUCUUAUUCUAGGUGGCUACUAUGGACGUGGUAAACAAUCUAAGCAGGCUUCUUCUUUUUUAUGCGGUCUUCGAAUUGAUCAUGCUCCUGGGGAAGAGCCGUAUCAAAGGUUCCAAUCGUUUGUCCGUGUUGGAGGUGGAUUUUCUUACUUCGACCGUGAUAUUAUCCGAAAGGAAACAGAAGGAAAAUGGAAGCCCUGGUCUUCAGAAGCAUUGGAGUUUUUUGAAUUAGCCGGUAGCCGACAAGAAUUUGAGAAACCCGACGUUUGGAUUCAUCCUAAAGAUGCAUUGGUUCUUCAAAUUAAAGCUGCCGAGGUUGUUGUUUCUAAUCGAUUUAAAACAACGUAUACAUUGCGAUUUCCCAGACUGGAAAAAAUUCGAUUGGAUCGAAACUGGGAAGAUGCUCUAUCUAUAAACGAAUUCUUUCAAUUAAAAAAUUUUGCUGAAAAUCAGGAAAAGGAUGUCUAUCAUGUUGAAAAGAAAAGAAAAGUCAACAAAAAGAAACAGCCAGAGAAAAAACUUUUGCAUCAAAUAAGUAGUCCGAUAAAGCAAUCCACUCUGCUGUCUAACAUGUUUCAAGGUCUACAUUUCGUUGUCCUUCCUCCGUCAAAGGUUGAAAAAUCAAAGCAGGAAUUGGAAAGCAUAAUUAUUUCCAAUGGUGGAACAAUUCAUCAAACAGUUAGUUCUGUUCCAGAAGGCCAAAUGAUAUUACUAGCGGAUAAGAUUUCAGCACGAGUACUUGUCGAAGAGAAAAAAGGAAUGUGUUUAAUAUGCCGACCUGAAUGGAUUAUCGACAGUACGAUAAAAGGAAAGAAGGUUACUGAACGACCAUACCUUCUUUUUAAAAAACAGACAAAAUAUUCCUGGGAGAAAGCUUUAGAAAGCCUAAGCAAUCUAAGCCUUUCAGAAUUAUCGACUGAAGUGCGCAGAUCAAAUUGGAAGAACAACAAAAGAAAUUUAUUAAGUUCAAAGAAACUUUCAGCGAAGGAAAUAUCAUUUCCUGGAGCAUUCCCUCUCUCUCAUAUAUCUGCUUACCUGGACGACAGUGGAUUCGAAACUACAAAGAAUACUACUCUUACAAGGUCGCAAUAUCAAUUGGCGGAGACUAUACUAACGUGGAAUGGAGCUUCUGUCCAAAGUACCUUUUCUUCCAAGGAAUUAACACAUAUAGUUAUGUUUAGCAAUGACCAAGAUCGCAUGGCAUAUCUACAACGGGCUUGUGAAUUUCAUCAAAUCAAGCCUGAAAUAGUGAAUUAUCAAUGGCUUUUACGAAUAUGGAAGGACGUAAAAUCCGACAGCGUUUGA